GGUAGUCUAGCAUUAGGUAUUUUAUGGCCGUUAGGUGGUUUGCUGUUGCUUGAUCGUUAGUUUUGUAUGUGGCUUUAAGUAUCUGCCAUUUUGCGACUCGUAAACAUAUCGUUCUGCGAUUAAUAUUCGAUCAAUUUUAUCAAAUGUUACAUCGUGGUUUCUUGUGCAAGGGUUCGCUCGACGAUCUUGUCGAGCUAACCUCUACAUUUUGCGCAUAAUUAAAAGAGUAGAACGAUUCAGAGUUUUUCAACGAUAUACGCUACUGUACCAGUUUUUUAUGCGUUGCGGUAUUUAGCAGUGAUUCAUUUAUUGCACGAAUGAUAACUUCCUCUCAACAAGACUAUUAAAGAACUAGUAUAUAUUUGAAAAGUAAUAUCUGGGGUUUUUUCUAUUGACUCUCAAGAUGAUGGAAACUGAUCCUCCUCAAUUUUUGUCUAAAGAUGAUGAAAUUCAAUAUUGGAUGGAUCUUGCCCAUCAGAUGCAUCAAAGAAAAGAAGAUGUCGAAAGAGAAUUGGAAGAGUUUCAAGAAAAUUCUCAAAUGUUAGAGAAAGAAUUAGAAACGUCUUUAGAACAAGCAGAAAAAGCUAACAGAGAAUUAAGGCAGAGGAAUUCGCGACUUGCAACAGAGGUAGAGCAAUUAAGAACAAGAUUAGAUCAGCAAACUUCAGAUUGUGUUAUGUUUCAAUCACAAGCGCAAGAUUUGCAAUUGCAACAGGAGCAAUUGAUGAAAUACAUCAGAGAAAUAGAACAGAAAAAUGAUGAUUUAGAACGAGCGCACAGGGUAAAUAGAGUAACGGAAGAAGAGAUAGAAGCUAAAUUUAACUUGGCAAUAGAAAAGAAUGCUCUACUUGAAUCGGAACUUGAUGAAAAGGAGGGCUUAAAGGUCAUAGUACAAAGAUUAAUGGAUGAAAUUAGAGAUUUGAAACAAGAGAUUCAAGUACAAGAGCGACAUCAACCAGAUAACGAUAAGACAGCGGAUAGAGUUCGUAAUCUUGUAGAUAGUAAUAAACUACAAGUCGAACUAGAAACGCAUACACCACCUUCCAGUCCAUUAGUUUCACAAUCUAUACCUUCAAAUAAUACAGCUCCAUCAUUGAAAAUUGGAAAUGGAGUAGUUGGAGGUGUAAUUGGCAACAACAACAAUAAUAACAUAAAUCCGCCAUUGGCACCAUGUACCAGAAUAUUAGCAAUGAAUAUGAUUGGAGACCUGAUGCGAAAAGUUGGGGCUUUGGAAAACAAAUUGAAUACAUGCAGAAAUGCGUCUCGAGAGGACCAAGCUGUACGUGAUCUCUACAGGAGUAGACGACAAGUGAGAGGCGCAGCCUCAGGAAACAACAACCACAUUCGAUUGUAACAAGGUAUUUUUUUGUGCAACAAUAAGCCUAAAAAAAUGUGCAAUUACGUUUAAGAAUUGUUGCUUUAAUAAGAAUAUUUAUUAAUUAAUAGAAAAAAUUUUUAGAAAUUGAUACGAUUGUGUCGAUUAAAAUUACAUCUCUAUAUGAUAUGUCUAUUUUGGACAAAAAAAUAUUUUUUACUAUAACGUGACAAAGAUUUAUAACUAGAUAUUUGGCAUAUUUAUUAGAUUUUUUUGAUUGAUAGUUAAUGAAA